UGUUAUAAAAAUAAGGAAAAGAAAAUGUCUUAGAUCAGCUCAUAGCCAUUUGUCACAUGCACAUGUCUAAUCUUAGAAACUCCAAAGAAGCCUCUCUUUCACUUUCUUUGUAAUAUGCAUAUUAAAUUGUCAAAUUCAAUUCUCUUUGCUAUGAACUUAUCCUCCUUUAUCAGCUUGUUACUAUGUAAUUUGACCCAUCUCCAUAAUCCCAAUAUUCUCCUAGAUACUGUUUUGAAAUUCCAGAUUCCAAUGACCCAAGUUCCAUUUCAGACACCCUUUCCUCAGAGGAGGAGAAGGAAGACAAGAUACUAAACUUUCCAACUUCUAAACUGAAACAUUAAUGUUUCAUAUGUUUAAUUUUAGUGUCAUCUACAUGGCUAAACCAAUGUUACAACACCAGAAACUACUCUCCUCCAUUGUCACUCUUCUUUUCACUGUUAUCACCACCCCAUAUUUUGUUGCUCCACAAACUUUUGAUGAUAGUUGCAUCCUUGAUCUUCAUUUUCCUCCAUCUAUGGAUGAUUCGUAUUGCGAACCGGGUAACUGGGGUGGAUUUAUCAACCAUGAUUGUUGUAGAGAAGCUUUCGAUGAAUACCUCUAUGCAUUGGGGAAGAGAGCUAAUAUCAGUGGCCAAAUAUACUUAAAUUCUGCAGAACAAAGUGCCUGCUUAAUUCCAAUGAGGCAUGCUUACAAUGAUGUUGGAGAUUGUGGUUUUGAGAAGCUAACUGGUGGAGAUGGUGGCUGCUCCAGCUAUACAAAGGCAGAUGUUGAAACUAAGCUUGGAGACAGACUGAACAGAUUAGAUGAAGACUGUAAGAACAUAAAUUCAGAUGACAAACAAGACCAGAAUUGCAGAGAAUGUUUGAGAAGGUGGGAAGAGAUUAAUGGAUCAUCAAACAAAAGUGACUUGAAUUCUGAAGCCAGCAUGUGUAGAUUUGCAGUUUUGAUAACAUUAACCAGCAAUCUGAUUGAUGAUAAGAAAGGGAUCCAGGCAAUUUAUAAUUGCCUUGGAGUGCAGAAUCUUUCUUCUUUUCUUCCAGGAAACGGACAAGCAGGCAAUUCUGAAGAUGGUGACACCAGGCAAAAAACAGGUAGAUUGAUUUUAAUCACUGGGCUAGUGGGACUUGGGGCAAUAAUAUUCAUUGCAGUAUCAAUAUGGAUCCUUUACAGGAAAAGGACUAAAGAAAACCUGCCAACUACACAGAAUGGAUCAUAUGAUUCAUUCUCUGAGGAUUCCAACAAUCUCAAGAUAUCACCCAAGGAAAUUUAUUUAGCAACAAACAACCUUAAUGAAGCAAACUUCAUAGGCCAAGGCAUAGCCGGAAAGGUGUACAAGGGGAUGCUGCCUAAUGGGCAGCAUGUCGCGGUUAAGCACAUAAUCAAUGAUGGACAAAUGGAUACAUUUGUCCGAGAAGUUACAAGCCUGUCCCAUAUCAGACACCCAAACCUUGUAGCCUUGCUCGGCUUCUGCGAGCACGAAGAUGAAUAUUUCCUAGUUUAUGAGCUCUGCAACAAUGGUAACCUAUCAGAAUGGCUAUAUGGCAAGUAUAGAGUUCUCUCAUGGAUUCAGAGACUUGAGAUUGCAAUUGACAGUGCUAAGGGGCUCUGGUUUCUCCACACUUAUCCAGAAGGCUGCAUCGUUCACCGCGAUAUCAAGCCAACCAACAUUCUCAUAAAUGCUGAAUUUCAAGCAAAGCUCUCAGACUUUGGAUUAUCAAAAGUUAUUGAUGUAGGUCAAUCUCAUGUGAGCUCAGAAGUGAGAGGCACAUUUGGUUAUGUUGAUCCUGAAUAUCGGCAAAAUCACCGUGUAAAUGCAAAGGGUGAUGUCUACAGUUUUGGGAUUGUGCUGCUGCAGCUAAUCUCAGGGCAGAGAGUGAUCAAUCUGAAUUUGAGUAGACCAAUGCAGCUAAACAAAAUGGCAAAAUUUCUCUCAAGAGGUGGUAAUAUAACAGAGUUUGCUGAUCCAAAACUUAAUGGAGAGUACUCAGUUGAAGCUUUUGACCUGGUUCUCAAGCUGGCCUUGUCAUGUACUGGGAUGAAGCUGGAAAGGCCAUCAAUGGAGAAAGUGGUACAUAUACUAGAGAAUGCACUUGAAAUUUCCAUGAAAAUGAAGUCAAUCACUUAUGAUUAAGAAAAAAGGAAGAAAGCACAUCCUUGGUUUUAUUGCAUCCUCUGAUGAAUGAUUUUUAAGAAUGUAAUGCAGGACUAUCGUUAUAAUGUGGAAAAAGAAUUACAACACGAUGAUUUCUUUGUACAAAGCUUCAUUAAAAAAUUGUAUUAAUUAUAUAAAUAGCACAAUUAACUCAAUAAUGUGAACUGAGACUAGAGAAUGCACUUGAUAUAUAUGUGAAAAAUGAAGUUGAUCACAGAUAGUAUGGGAACUAUGAACU